AUGCCUCCUCGUGCCGGGUCCAGCGGCGGAGACAGCCCCAUUCUGUCCCUGAGGCUGUCCUGUGACCGGUGUCGUACCCAGAAGCUCAAGUGCUCCGUUCCCGCGGGUUCGGGGGCCUGCCAGCGCUGCAUGCGCGCCCGAGUGCCUUGCGUCUUUGGCCGACGGGUUCCUUCGAAGCGUACAAACAGACGUGUCGAUCAGGCAUCGAUACGCCCGCCAAGCCGUCCCGUCCAGCAGAGUAAUCCUCCGAUGACCCAGCCACCCAGCUCGGGAUCGGGAUCGGCAACGACAUCAGCAUCAGUAUCAUCAUCCACGUGUCCCGUCCCGACUCCGGAUACCGAUCUGGACGAGCCCAUACUCGACCCCGGAUCCUCCUGCCAUGCGCAGCCCAACACGUGGGACAGCCCUGCCCCGGGGCUGGAGCUGCACUGCCUCCCUUCGAACAGGUCCGAAUGUGACUGGUUGCAGCCCGGGUUUGGCGCCCUGGACGACGGAAACUCGUUCGAACUAGCCGAAUUCGAAUUCGACCUCCCACCGUGGUCACAGAUGGCCAGCCCGCCGGCUGCUGCUGCUGCGAGCUGGCCGACAGAUAGUAACAAUAGUAACACGGCCAGCAUCAACGCCGUCCUAACUGAGCAGCGACUAACCGCCCUCGUAUUGGAGAUCCACCAACAGCUGAAGAAGCUAGAGGAAGGACCGUGGCACACUGAUAGCGCGCGCAGCCUCGACGACUACCCCGUCGGCACCGUUCUUGAACUAUCGCAGCAGUUCUGCGCCAUCGCUGGCCCCGUCAUCGGCAGCACCGUCUGCGUCAGUCGAACCUUCGAGGAGGGCCGCGAAGGCGAGGACGGAGACGAGGAUGGCAGGAAGACAAACAGUAAUGCCGCAGCAGACACAGCAGACACACCGUCGAUGCUGCUCCUCAUGUGCGGCUACAUGUGGCUAGUGCGCGUCUACAGCGUCGUCAUGGGCCAUUUCUGGAAACAUUUGACCCGCAUGCCCACCACGACCGGCGCUACAAGUCCCAUAAGCAGCGCGACAGCGACAGGGGGCUCGGCAUUGCGGCUGAGCGAGCUCCCCUGCGCAGACGCAGCCCUUGCGCUGCAGCAGAUCCACACGGCGGUCCGUAUGCUCCUCGACGUCCUACACGACAUCGAGGACCACCUCGGACGCGGGGCCAUGGUGGCUCGCGACAAGGCCGUCGCCUUGCUGCUCAGCUCAGUCAGACGCCAGAACGGUAGCUCUGGCGCGUUGAGCAAGAAGGCGACGGCGAUUAAGGAGCUUGUACGCGAGAAGAUGGGUCUUUGA